AUGAAGCUGAUGCUCCCGGACCUGUCAAGGGCUGUAGCUGUCUGCCUUCUCGUAACCGCAGUUAGCGCCAGGAAAUUUCUGGAUCCCGUCGUAAGAUUCAGCGAAAAGAAUUCGGACGCAGCAGCAGCAGCAAAUCCAUGGAUUGUGAAAUGGUUCAACGUUAAACUGGAUCACUUCACCUACUCUGACACCACUACCUUUCCGAUGAAAUGGUUAUGGAACAAUACUUUCUACAAGUCUGGAGGACCGAUCUUCUUCUACACGGGUAACGAGGGCAACAUCGAAGGCUUCGUAACGGCUACUGGUAUGAUGUGGGAUUUGGCGCCUCGAUACAACGCUGCCGUCAUCUUUGCUGAACAUCGGUUUUACGGCGCAAGUCAACCAUUUGGUAACGACUCUUACGCAGUAAGUUCUCGCUGCUUCACCUUCUCUGUAGAAGCCUUCUCCCAUCUGAUUUCACUUUCCAUUCAGUCCAUCCACAAUAUGGGAUAUUUGACAUCAGAACAGGCACUUGCUGAUUACGCCGAUCUUAUUACUGAGCUGAAGACUGCCAACAAUUCGUUGGGUAUCACCUACCCUGCUGAUACACCUGUGAUAGCAUUCGGAGGAUCCUAUGGAGGAAUGCUGUCUGCAUGGUUCCGCAUGAAGUAUCCGCACCUGAUUACUGGCGCUUGGGCAUCAUCUGCACCUCUGCUGUACUUCAAAGGUGGUGGCAUAGAUCAGGGCGCCUUCGAUUCCAUCACAACAAGAACGUACGAGGCCUCCGGCUGUAAUCGCUUUAUAAUCGCCAACAGUUGGAACGCCAUACUGAACUUGUCCUCGACAGGUGAGUGGGAAGGUUCUUUUCCGAGAUGUUUGCAUUUUCAAGGGUGA